UUUUGACGAGACUUACAUAGCCGUUGUCCUUCCUGUUUGAAUUAGCUAAGUAGCGACCAUGGGUAUAGCCGAGGACGUCAAGGAGAAGAUUUUGAUAAGUCUUCCUGGAACGACCGAAGUGCAUGUGCACGAUUUUUCGGAUGAUGUUUGCAAUGGAGCUAAGCUCAAGCUCAUCGUUGUAAGCGAUUCGUUUCGGGGGAAACCACCCCUGCAACGGCAUCGUCUGGUAAAUGAUUGUGUGGCGGUACACAUGCCACAGAUCCAUGCCCUAACCAUCAAAACAUGGACACCGGCACAAUACGAAAGCAAAAAAUCAGUCCAAGAAUCAUGAUAACAACAAUUUGGCUGUUUAAAACUGUCUUAAUUGGAAUCAAUGACGUCGUGUAAACCAAUUGCCGCGCCUUUUCUCCAAACAUUGGUCCGUUUGAUACAAAGGAAAAUAGUCUCUGGCUUUUUUUUGCUGGUGACGAAAUAGGACUUUAUUCGGAUUCCGAGAUGGCUCUUGAAACCAUUUAUUUCAUAGCGUGGUCCAAAGGGAUAAGUAACUAACCUUAGUCUAUGAUUCGGUGUGUUGC